UUACCGCAGUUGUCAAAUAAUUUUGUGUGGUACGCUUUGGUUUAGAAUGUCGUUAUUUCCAGCGUAUUCGAGUAAUUCCAAUAACGAGGCAAAGUCCUUGGAUGAGGCUCAGAAAAGUUCAGAUGAAGUAUCGAAUUUGUGGCUGGAAAAUUCCAGCUUUGUGGCACCUGUGGUUCAAACUCCCGUGAUCGAUCUUUGGUCAGAUUCAUCUUCUGAUGAGUCAGUGAAAAUAAUAUUUAACGACAGCGCACCUUCACCAAAAUCAGAGGUAAUACCUAUAGAUUUGGAUGGGAGUAUCAGCAGCGAUUAUAACAGAAGUUCCACAUCGAGACGCGAGAGGAAGCACAAGAAGCGAAAGAAAAAAACUCGCGACAGAAGUAGUCACAGGCAGAAGGAGAAGUACACAAAGAUACUUGAGAAUGUGUAUUUUGAGGACACGGCACGAGACAAGAGAAAUUUAACGGUAUCUACGCUUGGUGGCUCAGACAGACCCAGCUAUACCUUGUACUCUGCUCAUCUCGGGUUUAGACCAUUUAAGAAAUUGCUAAAACAAACACCGCGAAGGUAUCACGCCGUCAAUAUAGAUUCUGUGCGCAAAGGUGAGAAACAAGAUACUAGAAUUAAGAGGAGCCAAACUAGCGAUGAAAGCAAGCAGCUGCGAAAUGAGAUGGAGGAUUUUAACUGGGGUGUUAACAUGGAAGAAGAGCAGACGAAAAAAACAAAAGAGUUUAACGAAGGGUUGGCAGAAAACCCUGACGACGUUGAAUUGUGGAUGAAAUACAUCAACUUCCAGGAUGUAAUUUCCCGAUUCCAAAAGGAUCGCGGGAUCACGGAUGUUAGGAACACGAUAACUUGCCAGCGUAAACUGGCGAUAGCGAAUAAAGCUUUUGAGAAAAAUCCAAGUUCUACAGAACUCUUGAAGCUCAAGUUAAGCCUCACUGCUCAGUUGUUACCUGCUGAUCAAUUUUCAAGUGAAGUCGAGGCCCUCGUCAAUAAGGAUUCGGGGAACAUUGUGCUGUGGCGUGCUUUAAUUAUGGCCACUCAAGCUUCUGUAGCCAUUUGCACAGUUCCUAAAGUCUUGGACUUGUACUCUAGAUGCCUUUCGAGUCUACGCCAACGGCUUAGGACCAGUCCACGAUUAUACGAUCAACAGAUCCUUGAAAUGCUGUAUCGCUGCCUGACGUUUCUGAGGCAGGCAGGACUUUGGGAACAGAUGUGGGAAACGUUGAGACUCAAUUUAACUCUGAAUUUGAAUUUGAGUAAGGACAACUUUAGAUUCCGAGGGUUUAUUGACGAGCGAAAAUUAAUUGGAAUGGAAGAGGUAAUAUUAACAUCGAGACUUCCAUUGAACCAAUUAUGGUUGAGGGUAGAGUCUCUCCGAGAGAGUUGUCACUGGAUUAGCGUAAGCAGCGACCAAUUAGAAGUACUUGGAGAUUCGCGGCGCUUUGUACUACCAGAAGACGUGACUGAUUUUGUACAGCCAAUAAUGUCACGUGACUCCAGCCUGAAACUUGCCGUUUACUCUAUACUUUCACUGAAAGUGCCUUUGCUUCCAAUGCAGGAUUUUAUUGCCCAUGAUUUAGGGUUAACACAAAUAGAAUGGGAUGCUGAUUCGAUCGAAAUGUUGCUGCCGUUGGUUCAUCCUUUUGUUGGAAUCUUGGCUGGAUCUGAAGAGAAGAAGAAAGUAAUGGAGAGAAUACUUGAGGAUCAGUUAACAUCGGGACCGCAAUACCUGAAAUAUCAUCCUGCGCAAGAACCGUAUCUGGAUUUUGUCAGAGACACGUUCUGGGCGAUUGCAGAAAGUUUCUCAGCAACGCAGUACGAGCGUACAAGUAUUUAUGUUUGGUGGUUGCGAUUCGAGAGAUUGUUAGCUUCGCUUAAUAAGAAUGAUAAAGAUGAUCACAGAAAGAAGAAGCUCAAAAGUAUGGUGAAAGAUUUUCUCAAACGAGAUGGGAACAGAAACAAUCUUCACUUUUACCGGGAAUACGCAUUAAUUGAAAAAGAAAUUGGCCGCUUUGACAGCUGCGUUAACAUUUUGGAAACCACUAUUGGAAUGCAAACUAAUUUUCUUGCAAACCUCUCUACUCGACAGGAGAAGACUGUCUUGUGCAGCGUAUUCAGAGCUCUGUUCGAAACUCUUCUCGACCCCAAAACUUAUCAGGAAAAUCACAGAGGCCGCAUACUUACAGCUGUUGCUCGAAUGGUCUCCGGACCAGAUGAAAAUCGUUUAGAACAAGCGGAGGAAUUCUUGGAGACUAGCGUCGAUGAAUUUCUACGGCAACCUGUGUCUGAUUUGAUUGAAAAAACGUAUUUUCUCCCAAGCUUCGAAUGCGACUUGAUCACUUGUUACGCGUACUUUCUCUAUGUGAAAAAUUCGACCAUCUCGGAGCCAAUUGGUGUAUUGGAAAAAUGUUUGAAACAUUCAAAAGAAAAUAAAUAUUUGCAGGAAUGCUUAUAUGAAAGUACGGUUGCACUUUUGCAUUUGGAUUCCAAACGUUCGAAGUUGCACGGAAUUUCGAAGGAAACACUUGAUCAAGCUUUGGAUUUGUACCCCAUGAACUGCUACUUACUUUCUGUAGGAAUGGAAAUUGAAAGCGAAUCACCUUGCUGGAAGGUGAGCCAUCAUCGAACUGGAUCCUUUCAGGCAAUGGCUUCAUGUCUUGCUAUUCACAUUCGGAUCGAGCGUCUAGAGAGCCUAGGGCUUCAAGAUGCUGCAGUCGCUGCGACUAACAAGCUCUUGUCGAUUCAUCGUAGACUAGCCAAAGAUCCAGGCUCGCAGAGAUGCCCGUUAAUAUGGAGACUUUACAUGCUAUUCUUGCGUGAACGUAAUCUGUGCGAGGGCAGAGGCGAGGAAGUGUAUCACGAGAGUGUAGCUGAGUGUCCAUGGGCCAGAGGCAUUUAUACUGAUGCUGCUCAAGUAGCACCCCAACUUCUUACCGAAAUUCAAGACUUGAUUCGUGAAAAAGAGCUAAGAAUGCAUGUUACUCCCGAGGAGUUGGACAUUCUGCGUGGCUAAACCUGGUUUUCCAUUUAUUAUUGUUCUCAUACGAACUAUGUAAUAUAUGUAUGUACGUAUGUAAAGAUAUCCAUUAUAAAUAUAUUUAUAUUUAUUAAA